AUGGCGAGUGUACUCACCGGUCAUGACGAGAAGACCAUCGACGAUAUCGAAGACAACCGCAUCGAUCAGGAGCCCUACAAUGACGAUCCAGACGCCGAAUUCGGUGGAACCGAGGCCAGGAAGCGUCUGGAGCGCAAACUCGUCCGCAAACUGGAUAUGCGCAUGUGUAUUCUCAUCAUCAUAUACAUCCUAAACUAUAUUGAUAGGAAUAAUGCAGCUGCGGCAAGGCUUAGAGGUUUUGAAGACGACCUACACCUCGUAGGGGAGCAAUUCAAUACACUUCUCUCUAUUCUCUACGUUGGCUACAUCAUCAUGCAAGUUCCAUCGAACAUGUUCUUAAAUUAUAUUGGAAAGCCGUCAAUAUAUUUACCGGCUUGUAUGGUUGUUUGGGGAACAAUAUCCAUAUUGACUGGUGUAACAACGAACUUUGUUGGUGCCCUAAUGACUCGUUUCUUCCUUGGCUUUGUUGAAGCAGCCUUCUUCCCUGGUGCCCUCUUCCUACUCUCAAAAUGGUAUCGACGUGAUGAGCUCGGACUCCGAACCGCGUUGCUUUAUUGUGGCUCCCUUAUAUCUAAUGGCUUUGGAGCUCUCAUUGCUUCUGGUAUUCUUGACGGAAUGGAUGGUGCAGGAGGACGAGCUGCAUGGAGAUGGCUCUUCUAUAUCGAGGGUGGAUUGACUGUCUUCUUCGCUCUUAUUUCCAUCUUCAUCCUUCCAGAUUUUCCCGCGACAUCAAAGUGGCUAUCACCCCUUGAGCGCCGUCUGGCUGAGAAACGUCUCGAAGAAGACGUUGGAGUAGGUGAUAGCGACGGUACUAUGCACAUCUCCCACGUCGAAGGCCUCAUCAUGGCAUUCACGGACUGGAAAGUGUGGUGGUUGGCACUUGCGUUGACCUCCAUGGUCAUCUCCUUGAGUUUCAACGCUUUCUUCCCGACACUCAGCAAGACCAUGGGUUUUAACAACACUGUAACAUUGCUGCUUUGCGCACCUCCAUGGGUCUUUGCUACCAUUUGUGCAUUCAUAGUGACCAGACAUUCUGAUGCAACUCGCGAGCGAUUCUGGCACAUAGUCUGCUCAUUGCUCGUUGGCAUCGUUGGAUUCAUUAUAGCCAUCUCAACGAUGAACACCGCUGCUCGUUAUAUUUCUCUUUUCUUAAUGGCCUCAUCAUACUGCGGCUUCAUCGUUUUCUAUGCCUGGAUUAGUAACUCCAUUCCGCGCCCACCCGCUAAACGUGCAGUCGCCAUCGCAUUCAUAAACGCGUUCUCGCAACUUGGAAAUAUCUCUGGCUCGUACAUUUGGCCUACGAACUGGGGCCCGACUUAUAGGAACUCAUAUGCCAUCUGCAUUGCUACGAGUGGUCUGUGUAUCCUGAUGUGUUGUGUCUUCCGUACGCACCUAGUUCAACUUAACAAGAAACUAGAUAAGGAGGAGGAAGAGAGUGGUCAGACGGUUAAGGGCUUUAGAUAUUUGAUUUAG